AUGUUCAGCUCCAUUGUCCACCACCCCUGCGAGAUCUCGCUUCAUCUAGUCUCGCAGGACAUCUUCAUCCAUCCUGCACCGCCCAACUCCGAGUUCCCAGGCGACGACAAGACGCUUCGUGGCCUUGUCGAGAUCAAGUGCCCCAGCGAGCGUCACAUCCAAGGUGUCAAAGUCGUCCUCCAAGGUGUGCAGACACUCGCCAUUCCCGAGAAUGCUUCAUCUUCAGCUUCCUCGAUUCGAUGGGAGGAGAAGGUCAUCAUGGAAAAAACAGUAGAGAUCAUGAACGACGGUACUCCUGGCGCCAUUCCCGUCCGCCCGUCGCGAUCCAAGGGCAAGGAAAAAGAGAAGACGCCCAACUGCAAUGUCUCAGAAGGUAUUCACCUCGACAAGGGCGUCCAUGGCUUCGAAUUUGCUUUCAUCAUCCCGGCCUCAACAGCACCAUUUGAGCGCAGCAAGCACGGUCGCGUCCGUUACAUUCUCACCGCAACCGCUCUCGGCGCUGGUCGUGCGCGUAACAACAUCUCCACGUGGAAGGAGAUCUUUAUCAUGCUCCAUGUCAACUCGGACGGCGGUCCCGCACCCUUGGACAUACAGUACCACGACGUGCACGAAGCGCUCGGCCCGCUGUCUGUCUCGCUCACCUCGGCCUCUCUCACCGUAGGAGGGACCGCGAACCUCAGUCUCUAUCAUCCCGACCCACCCGCAGGACUCAACGUCCACGUCAUCCGCGUCUUUCUCGAACAGACCUUCGAGCUAUACAGCGAUGUGCGCAAAGGCUGGCUCAAGCUCCCCACCGAGAAGCUACGUCUAUGGGAGAAAGGCUACAUGCCGUACAAGACCAAGCAGAACACGGACGCCGCUGGCCCUCAGGACUCGAUUUGGAUCGGAGACAUGGACAACGGCGGUCCCGGUCGUCCCGGCCACGGAGCCGGCCCUGGGCCUGCCAACCUCUCGCCUUUUGGUCUGCCACUGAACGGCUCGGUAUCGGCGCCCGUCACUCCAAUGGAACCAGCGACACCCAUGCAUCUCGAAAACGGCUACAGGAUCAAGUCGGUCGUCCGCUUGCCCGAUGAUAACCUUCUUCGACCCAGUACGGUCCGGGGCUCUCGUGCAGAGAUCCGCGUCAGCCACGAGAUGGGCGCCGAGGUGUUCUUCUCUCGCAAGGAUGUGUUGGAUACGAGGGAGGACAGCGAAAGUUACGGCAAGCCCAAGGUACAGGUGUUCUCUAUGCGCCGAGCCACCACCAUCCCCUCGUGCUGCUGCACCUAUGACACAGUUCACCUCCCGCCUUACUCGCUCGAGUCGCCCUCCAACUCGAGACCAUCAUCACCAACCCCGCCCUCAUCGUUGCGCAACUCGCAUCCAGAGCUCGAACACUGGAAGCGCACCACCACGCUCAAUCAGACGCUGCCCGGCUCUCGCGGCAGCUCCGCGUUCAACUCGGCGGCCAACUCCCGGGCUGGUUCGCGCGACAGCUCGCCUACACGACACGGCUUUGCCGCUCAUUUUGGCGGAUCGGGUCGAAAGAGCCGCAAUUCGAGUCCCACCCGCAACAACCGCGGCAGGAUGGGCAAUGGUCUGAGCAGCAUCGGUCUGCAUGCAUUGACACCGGCCUCGGCGGGUCACAUCGAUCAAAACGGAAGCAAUCGUCAUCACGGCUAUUCGACACCCCGCUCGCUUCCAGAUAAUGUACCGUGGGCCGUCAGCUAUCUUCCUGACCGCACAGGCACCUCGCACGCCACGUGUAACUGCGGUCGCACCACGGAAGAGCUCACUGAAGCAGAACAACGACUGCUUGAAGGCGUUCCCACGGCGCCUGGAGCCUGGGUUGAGAACAGGGAUGCCAACGUUCCGCCUCCGCCAUGGGCUCCUCCCUCGAGGGCGAGCAGUCCGAUUUCUGGUUGGCACUACGCCGCUGGUGGCGGCAGAGAAGGGUUCCGACCGCGUGGCAAGCUGGCCGAGCUCGAAACCCCCUAUGGCAGCCCUUCGACUUGA